AUGAAAAUUCAUUUCUUCAAAAUUUCAGAUUCUGAAUCAGAUAUUGAUCUUUUGGUACCAGUGAAAAGUUUAUUAAAUGAACGCGCAGAACUUUACAAAGCCAAAGGUCUUGAAGGAUUUCCCGCUGUUGGAAUUAAGCGUGGUGUGGAAAUUGUUGUACCAUAUCGACAGUACCUCCCGCGGAAAUUUUUCCGAAAUUUUGCAUUUACGGCAGUUAUACGACCGGAUGAUCGUCAAGGAGGAUAUUUGUUUGCUGUUGUUAAUCCUCUUGAUACUAUUGUUGAUCUUGGUGUUUUGGUUGAAUCGGCUGGUGAUGGCCAAACAAAUAUCUCAUUACUUUAUACUGAUUCAAAUAAAGAAACCGAUACAAAAGCAUUAGCAUCAUUUUUGGUGCCAGAAUUUACAAAAGAUUGGACAAAAUUUGCAUUGGAAAUUCAAGAUGAUAAUAUUGUAUUAUAUUUUCGAUGUAUACGUUUUGCAACUCGACAGGUUAAACGAAAACCAAUUCAGCUUGUAAUGGAUGAUGCACAUAAAUUAUAUAUUGCAAGCGCUGGACCAAUUUUACGAAAAGAAUUUGAGGUAUGUUAUUUUUGA